UCUCCGAACCCCACACAUGAUGUCAUCCCCUUUACAGCUAAGAGCAGCCCACCUCCCAUUAUCCUCCCUUCCUUUUUUUACAUUUGCUUACAUAAACACAUAUAAACAAUUCAUUAAGACAUAAAUCAUUGGAAAGCAACACUUAAUCAUUUCAUGGUAAACUAAGCUAAGGUGAACUAAACUAAACUACUAGAGAGUAAAUAGAUUAAGUUAAAUGAAUUCUCCAACUCUGUUCUCUCUAUCUUUUCUCUUUCUCCUCCUCCUCCUUAGUAGUCCUAGUACUACUGGUACUAGUCACCCUCACACUCAUCUUCGGAAAGACUACUACAAAGACUCGUGCCCAAAUGUGGAGUCAUUAGUUCGAGCUGCAGUGAAAGAGAAGUUUCAACGGAUCAUCACAACAGCUCCAGCCACUCUAAGGCUCUUCUUCCAUGAUUGCUUCAUCCGGGGAUGUGAUGCUUCAAUAAUAUUGUUUUCGAGGAAUGGCACUGGCACAGCGGAGAAGGAUAACUCGGAUAAUCUUUCGCUGGCCGGAGAUGGAUUUGACACGGUCAUCAGAGCAAAGGAGGCUGUUGAUAGAGUCCUUGACUGCAAGCAUAAAGUUUCUUGUGCCGACAUUUUGGCUUUGGCUACUAGGGAUGUUGUCAAAUUGACAGGGGGACCAUUUUAUGAAGUGGAACUGGGAAGACUUGAUGGGAGAAUCUCUACUAGAGCCAGUGUACGUCACCAUCUACCUCGACCAGAAUUCAGAGUGCACAAGCUCAAGACAAUGUUUGUCUCACAUGGUCUCAAUCUAAUCGACCUUGUUGCACUCUCAGGAGCACACACGAUUGGAUUCUCCCAUUGCAACAGAAUAACGAAGAGGAUAUAUAGUUUUAACAGCAAAACCAGAAUUGAUCCGACUCUUGAUCUGCAAUACGCAAAGGUGCUCCAACAGCAGUGUCCAAGAAAUGUAGACCCUAGUGCUGUCACAGACAUGGAUCCAACCACACCCCAGACCUUCGAUAACGCCUACUUCAAAAAUCUACAACAAGGGAAGGGCCUAUUCACCUCUGAUCAAACCUUGUUUACUGACAAAAAAGCAAGAAAUUUUGUGGACCUUUUUGCAUCCAACUCCACAGCUUUUGAAGAGGCUUUUGUGGUUGCCAUGACUAAGCUUGGCCGUAUUGGGGUCAAGACUGGGAACCAAGGGGAAGUUAGGCGUAAUUGCGCUCUUGUUAACUAGAUUUUCAUACAAGCUUACCUUUACUUUCGAAAGCUUUUUUUAACAAUAAUAUAUAGUUCUUUUAGAUAUCCAUA